AUGGUGGUGUUCGUCGACCUGGACAGCGAUGCUUUCUCGGCGCAUCACGGAUCGGCACUCCCCCUGGGGAAGCCCUUCCCGCCGAAGCUGAUGGUCACUCCGAUUGCGACCGCAUCGGCUGAACUGUUGCCUUCGCCUACCUCCUCGGACGACGGCUGCGACGCGCUCCCCAUCGUCCGCUUGUCUGGUAAAGCGUCGGGCGCCGAGAAUCCCAACCGAAAUGCCUUCUCGGCGGCGUUGAGCUGUUACCCCAUUGUCAAAGAAAUUGCCCGCGCCGUGGAUCUCAACACCCUCCACGCAUUAUCUCGAACAUGCCGCCAGUUCCACGUCAAUCUAGCGCCGUUCCGGCACCAGCUCGUGCGUGAGACCCUCCGCUGCGAGAAUGAGUAUAUCGAGACCGUAGCAGAAAUGCUAGACGGCAGUGCCGUCAUCCCGAGCAGCGUCAAGUCGGUGCUGCAGCUGCUGAGCCAGGGCAGCGGUGAACCAGGGCGCAUGACGCGGGGAAAAGUGGGCAAAUGUGCACGCGACAUGGUAGGCGAGUGUCGACGCUGCAGCAAGAUCGUAUGCCGGAAUUGCACGAUCAAACCUCCUUCCCCCACUGUCAUGAAGAACCGUAUCCGUCGUCUUUGCCGACCCUGCGGUACCGCACCGCUCUCCUGCCACCUAUCCAACGCCCCCCACGACAUGGACUCCCCCGAUACCUGCGACCGUGAUACCGUGGCGGCCGAACUCGCACGCUGCGCUGGCAUCUGUAACUGCGACGAAGCCGUAUGGCUGUGUCAGCAGUGCGGACAGACCCUGCGCAGCAACGACACCACAUACCGACGUGUCUGGGCCUGGCGCACGCGAUAUAGCACCUACCUCGGUGGUGGGCUAGGCACGGGCAUUGGAGAAGGCUGCCAGGGUGUGAAAUGCGGCCGUGGCGAAGCAUGCCUCGCUGCGAAAGAGAUCGAGCUCGAGGUCGACUGCGAAGCGGACGAAGGGGCGAGUGACACCAGUAGUUCGGGUCAUAGUCCGUCCAGCCACCCCUCGUAUCACCACGAGCUCAUCGCGACGGAUAGCCAUGAUGACGAAGAACCGGGGUACUUCCGCCAGGAAGUCAUUGGGCUGGGUGGGCUGAUGAAGCAUAAGGCUAAGAAGCGGGUUAUGGUGGGGGCUUGUGUGGUUGAGUACGAGGAUGAGCGUGAGACGGGAAAGUAUCUUGGGCGUGAAGAGGGUGGCUUGCAUCGGGCUUGGUGUGGGUGGUGUUCGAGGGUGAUUCCGGCGAAGAAUGAAAGUGUGCAUCGGUAA